CUUUUGUUGUGUCUCCUCCAUUGAAAAUGGCUUAUGGGUUUUGCUCGCUGCGUCCCACUCUCACUUCCUUGUUCUCGUCUCACGCGCUUGCCCCCACUCUACAGUGGCGUUCGAGCUCGCUCCGUAUCUCCCGCGCUUUAUCAGCUGCAACUGUUCCGAUUAGCUCUUCUUCCUCCUUCACAUGGGACGACUUCUUCGAGAUUGGUCGGAAGGAGUCUGCGUCUCCUCAAAGUGCCUCCUCCGAUCUCACCGGAUUUCUCGAGAAAAUCGACCGCUGCAAUCGAGGAUCCGAGAAGUUAGCUGAGUUCAUACCAUUUGUCAUAGAGGAACAAAUCGUUGGGUAUAUUCAUAAAGGAUUUACAGAGUACUUGAGGGAGUUUCAUGAUGUCUUCACGUUUACACAAAAUGGUUGCGUUGGUGACUAUGUAACGGUUAAUCUGAUGUUUGAAAAGCCUGAAGAUAGAACCGGAGCAGUUGCAGAUGUGAUCAAAAUCUUAGGUGACAAAGGUAUCAUUCCAGGAAUACGUAAUGAGCUGUAUCCUGUGAAACCAUCGUUUCAUUCUUCCGCCUUAUUUUCACUAGAGCGUGCUGCAGCUCCUUAUUUUGGAUUAAAGGGUUACGGAGUUCACAUGAAUGGGUAUGUAGAAAGAGAUGGACAAAAGUUUCUAUGGAUUGGCAAGAGAAGUCUCACAAAAUCCACUUAUCCAGGAAUGCUUGAUCAUCUAGUUGCUGGAGGAUUGCCUCACGGGAUUAGCUGCGGUGAUAAUCUAGUAAAGGAAUGUGAUGAGGAAGCUGGUAUAUCCAAAGUCAUUGCUGAUAGGGCGAUACCGGUUGGUGCUGUUUCAUACAUGGAUAUAGAUCAGUACUGUUUCAAACGUGAUGUGCUGUUUUGUUAUGAUUUGAAACUCCCUGAAGACUUUGUCCCCAAAAACCAAGAUGGAGAAGUGGAGAGCUUCAAGUUGAUUCCAGUAGCACAAGUUGCUAAUGUGAUUAGGGAGACUAGUUUUUUCAAGGCCAACUGUUCCCUUGUCAUUAUUGACUUCUUGUUUCGUCACGGGUUUAUCAGACCAGAAUCAUCUGGUUACUUGGAUCUAUUCCGAAGCUUGAGGAAUGGAGAUUGCUCAUAAGGAUGCUACUAUCUUUUUCCUUUCUGAUUUUUAUUCUGUUGAGUCACAUCAGGUGCCUUCAUGACCAUUCGCUGAUCCAGGCAGUCCUAUGAAGAUUCAUUUAUACUACAAAUGAGCAAAACCAACAGAAAUGGUCAUGGCUAAAGUUACUUGCAAAAAGAGUCUCAAUGACUAUACUCAAUCUGAUUAUUUUUAUGUUUCAUCUCUGUAUUGUCUGCAUUACCUAACCGCCUUUUCCAGAACGAUAUAAAGUUAAUAAUAAAAAUGGAGAAAAAGCCCCGCAUGAAACGGUACAUUGUUGCUUGAGAUCCAAGUUUAGAAACAAGAUAAAUCUGCUCCUAUAGGAUUAUGUAUGUAUCACAAACGUCUUUUAACUAUAAAUAGAAAAGUGG